AUGACGAAUUACGGAACGAUCGAAAGUCUGCCGCAGAGGUUUGAUCAUAAUGUGGAUGGUCAAACUUUGGCCAGCCAGAUUGCAAACCUUUCUUCGCGAAAAGACGAUAUAAUAUCACAGAUACCGACAAUAGACGACGAUGUGAGACUCACUUUGCGACAACUGGGAGAACCCAUAACGUACUUCGGAGAAGACAAGGCGUCCAGGAGAGAACGUUUGAUUGAUUUGGUAACGAAAAACGAGAUAAUACGAGAAAAGUUCACCCAGGCGUUGUCGCCGUACACCGGCUCUGAUAUGGAUGAAGAAGAGCUCGAAGAAGACGAGGAAUUCUACACUCCCGGCUCUGAGGAGCUGCUACAGGCAAGAGUGGAUAUAACGGGAAGUUCUUUAGUACGAGCUCGUGACAGGUUGACUCGUAUGAGGAGUCUUGCCAGAGUGGACGAGCUAACGGUCUUGCAAGCCAGGCGACAAAUCAAUGAAAGACUCAAGAAGCUAGAUCUGUAUGGAACCCAAGUAAUCUCAAACCGAUACACCUCGAUGGUUCGUGUGUCCCGACUAACUGGCAAGAUUGCAGCUGGUUCCUGGGAUGGUCAAACGUACAUUCUGGACCAGGAGACGCUGGGCACAGAACGCAUAUUGAAAGGGCACGAUGAAAAAGUUGGUGGAAUAGACUGGCACCCUACCUCGAACACCCUUAUAACGAGUGGUUCAGAAGGCAACAUCAACUUUUAUGACUUGGAGUCCUCGUCUGAAAAGGAGCUGUAUCCUGUGUAUUCGUUUACUGGUCACCAGGGCCGUGUCUGCAGAGUCGAGUUCCACCCUUCAGGCAAUUACUUUGCCUCGGCCUCCUUUGACAUGACAUGGAGAUACUGGGAUCUCGUGAAGCAACAGCAACUAUACUAUCAGGAAGGUCACUCCAAGGAAGUUUUCGCAGUGUCUCACAACCCUGAUGGGUCUCUGUUGGCAUCUGCUGGAAUGGAUGCCAUUUGCCGUAUAUGGGACCUGAGAUCAGGAAAGUCGAUCAUGGUCCUUGAAGGACAUGCCAAAGGAAUAUAUGCUCUCGAUUGGCACCGUGGGAAUGGGUUCGAGCUUCUUACUGGUGGUGCAGAUUCUUCGAUCAAGGUGUGGGACAUUAGGUCAAGUACCAGGGAGAAGACCACAGUGGCUGCGCAUAAGAAUCUUGUAUCUGAUAUCCGAUUCUCUAAUGAUAAUGAUGUUAUUCCCGGUGGAGCAUUCCCCAGCAGAGGAACUUAUUUCGCUACCAGUUCUUACGAUGGAACCAUUGGGGUCUUCUCAGCAGACAACUGGCUCAAAGUCAAGUCUCUCAAAGUCAGCAAUGAAAAGGUAAUGUCCUGUGACAUCAUUGGUGACAAAGUCAUCAGCGGAGGCUGGGAUAAGAGUGUAAAGCUGUGGGCUGUUUAA